AUGUGGAUAUUUAAAUGCCAAUAUCAAAAUCAAAAAGAUCCUGAUACUUUAAAUGCGAUAUCCAGUGUUAUAAAGCCCGAUAAGAACUACAUAGUUGGGAGAGCCAGCAAAAGUUCGCUAGUAAUUGAUGAAAGGGGUGUCUCUAGAACUCACUUGCAGCUGAAAGCCAAUAGAAAUAUCAUUGAAAUCACAUUAUUAGGGGCCCAGUUGAAGAUUGGUCACAAGACAAUAGAAAAAGGCAUUUCCUGUGAGUUUCAUCCGAAACAAAGCCCACUUCGCCUUGAAGUGGGUUCGCAUAGCAUUGAAUGUAAGUUAUUAUGGACUCAGUGGGAGUUCAAGGUGCCUAGUGAUUUAGAGAUAAACUAUAUCGCUCUAACUAAGAUGUUUGUCCAAUUAGGUAUUAAGAUAGUCUUUUCAUUAUCUAAAGAGACAUCGCAUCAAAUUGUUAGAUCUCGACAAGGACAAAAGGAUUAUGAUAAAUAUCUGUUUGCGUUGGUUAAAGGCCUCCCUUUAGUUGAAGUUGGGUUUCUUAAAGGAAUUUCGUCAUUAUUGAAUUCAGAUACUCUAAAAUUUGAAUCGAAAGUCAAGGAAUUGGAGAGAGAAUUCUCUAUUUUCCCAGAAUUCAAUCCCAUACCAAAUCCUUUAAAAGGGUUGUACUUUAUAGUGCCUGAAAAAGAUGAGUUUGACAUUCUAAAGUACACAAUUGAAGUAGGUGGAGGAACCGUUUAUAAUUGUAUUACAUUUGAAGAUUUCGUUAAAGUUACGUCUACAAUUCCAUCAUCGAAGGUCAUUCUAAUAAAGUGUUCAAACAACAUCUCUCCCGCUAUUGAUACGCAAAAGCCAACUGACCAUAAUAUUCUGCUAGAAAAGGCACAUUCUAUUGGUUUUAAACAACAUGAUACCAGGGAAUUAACGAUCGCUGUUUUAAACAAUAACUUUGAAGAAACUUUGAUAGACUCUUCGAUAUCAGAUAAGCGUCUAAUCUCCUGUAAUUCGAAUGACAAACUCAAAACAACGUCAACUUCACUGGAAGACGGAUUAAAAGUUAAUGUUUCAGCUACUUCUGGAUUAAAUCUAAAUACGGAGGGACCACCUGCCAAAAAACGUAGGAUAAAUAGUGUUAAACCGUUGGAUAGUCUGUCCUUUUUUGCGGGUGGUAGUAUAGAAAGAAGCACCAGAGUAGAAAGAAAUUCAAGUGAGAAACAAACUGUACAACCUGCAGAACACAAUAAGAUUGCAGAAACAUCAAUUGCUUCUAUAGAAUUAUUACCAACAAAAUCUGGAAUUAAAGAAAUCACGGACGUCGUGCCUGAGACUGAAAAUGAGCCAGAACCUAUGGUUAGCCCCAAGAAGAGGAGUCCUGCUAAAAAUGAGUCGUUGGCAGAUAUGAGGGCGGGAGAUAAUCACGUCAGUAUUAAAACAACAUUGGAAGUGGAAAAAAGUGCCGAACCAUCUCAUAAAAAGCUAAAAGUCGAAGGAAUAUUUGAUGAAAAAGUUGAAAUGUCCAAUGAGCAAAAGUAUCAUUUAAAUGCAGAAUCUAAAGAUUCAACUUUAUCAACUCAAUCCCACAGUUCCAUAGUAAAUGCUAUAAAGGAGAUAAAAGAACGUGAAGUGAGCCGCAUUAAGACCACUAUAGUGGAAAUCGGACCUGAUGAACUUACGGAAGAAGCAAUUUGCAAACUGAGCACACUAGCCGUUGUGGAGAGUGUGGAUAUGCUACGGAAAACACAAUCUAGACAUAUGAAAACGGAAACGAAUAAACGUCACCAUGUUCGCAGAAACUUUAAAAGGUUUGUAAAAGUAUGGCCGGCAUACCUGAAUAAAGCCAUAUGCCAAGACCCCAUGGGUGCCCAAAGGUAUUCCAAUAGGCAAUGUGUACCAUUGAAAGUUUACGAACCUAUGAAUAAAAACGAACUAACCGAUGAUCAGUUGGUAGAUGAAAAUUCUAGUGAAGAAAAAAACGACAUAAUGAAUGAAACCUUUACGAGCGACCCAUUGGAUCAUAACAUACAAAUGGCCUCUAAAUCAAUACCAAGACACCACGACAGCAUAUACCAAUCAAAAUAUGAACAAGUAUUAUCAAAUCCUGAACUGGAAUUCAGCUUCAGCACUAUUAGAAACUCUAACUCAAGUGAGUCUGUCACAAACAAUCCUGGAAACAGUUUGUUCGUUGUCGAAGAUGAAAGCGACGACAAUACUGCAGUGACAUAUCAUAAUUUAAGUGCAACUUCUGCUACCAGAACUGAGGGUUCCGAUGUAAGCAUUCAAGCACGAACUUCACGUAUUGUUACUCGUCCCAAAAACAACGCUACCGUUUUGAAAUAUAUUGGGAAUGAGGAGGAUGACGAAGAUGACGAAGAUGAAGCUCCGAGAUUCGCAUUCAGAAGAACAAGAUAG